CGUUACUUUAUCAGCUAAUUACAACACAUGGAUAAUCAGUUUGAUUGGGAUAUAAACGAUGUGCAACUGCCCUCGGUUGCACAGUACGAUAUGUUUCACGAAUGGAUUGAUGGCCAUGUAAAACUGGUCUAUCCACUGGAGCACGAAGAUGCCAAACGACACUCCAGUGGUUGGGCAAUGCGCAAUACAAAUAAUCACAAUGUGAUCAUCCUAAAAAAAUCGUGCUUGGGAGUGUUGGUGUGCAGUAAAAGCUGCAUCAAUGAAUUUGGGCAAAAAGUUUAUUUGCGACCGGCUAUAUGCGACAAAGCCAGGAAAAAACAACAUGGACGACCAUGCCCCAACAAACUGUGUUCCGGCCGUUUGACAGUCGUACCCUGUCGAGGUCAUUGUGGCUAUCCAGUCACGCAUUUCUGGCGGCACUCGUCGCAUAGCAUAUUCUUUCAGUCGAAAGGUGUGCAUGAUCACCAUCGCCCGGAACCUAAGAUGACAUCGGAAUCGCGUAAAUCCACCCGCAACGCCCUGAAGGCGAAGAUGAGUGCCAUGUGGCUGCACCGCAAAGACACUGCAGAAUGGCAUUCCACUGCAGGGCGGAAGCGAUCGUUGGCUCGUGUUGGUCACGAGCACUAUGACAACCCUGUCACCAGUCAAAAAAUCAGUAAUUAUACAACGAAACCCCACAUAUCCGAAAGAGAGGAUUCUUUUGCUGCACCGCGACAACAGAGCAUUAUGCCACCAGCACACUUCGACACAACGUUGCAGGCAGAUAGCCAACACAUUCAUCUUCCCGUAAUUCAUUCCCACAGAAACACUUACACCAUCCAGAGACGAUACUGUAAUUUUACGGAAACUAUGUACUCGUCGAACCGGACUCUUAACGAAUCUGUCGAACAACCGGCAUGUGAGCAAUAUUCCGAUUUCCCAGCUGUCAUUAAAGAUGUUACUGAAACCGAUCCAUCUCAUGCGGAUGACCUUUCCUACCACUAUCGAGCGGAAGAAGCACAUGUGAAAUGCAGCUCCAUCAUAGCCGGGACAUGCAACAAUUCUCAUUUUGCUAAUGCGCCUUGUGCUACUGAACAAUUUAACUAUUUUUACGACCGCGAUAAUCAAGUCGAUAGUCCUCCUGUAACCGGUUUUCUCGCUUAUCCCUUGAUUGAUGAACCGACAAACCAAGAGUUUUCGACGCCGCAACGAAACGAUCAGUUUUUAUGCAAAUACAAACUCGGAAAUCGGGAUGAGUUUGGAACCCAUUCUUCCGCCUAUAUUUCUGGCUGCAUGUCGACGAAUGAAUCUCAAUUUCGUACUCCACAUCCCUAUGGGGACGCAAAUUAUUCCGUGAAUUCCUCUCCAGUCGAACAAAGCGGAACUGAAUUUGCUGGUAAUUUUACUCCAGUAUCUUGUUCCGAAAUUUCUGCGUUUCCUUUAAGUGUACCACUUUACGUAGAUUACAAUUGCCAAAAUAACAGCACAUCUGAUCGUAUCCAGGCUGAGCGAUGUUGUUAUGUCCCAUAUUAUGACGAAUAA